AUGCAAGUCGGACGAAUCAUCGGAGCUGCUCUGCUCGCCUGGGAAGUGAAUCUGGUGGCAGCCUGCUCAGGAGAUAAUUGUGCCAACCAUGUCACUGGGCAGUGGGCAGGGAUUGGCGUCCCCAUCGAGUCACGCAUCUCGAUGUGCAAUUCCUUCUUGAGGGUGACAAUCGUGCCAAACACGACAACAAUCACUUCCACGAUCUUCAAGUACACAACGACGAAUGUUCGUGGCGUGGUUGUGCGGGAUGAGCCUACAAACAGCAGUGGCUCCAAGCUCUCGUCCUUCAGGGCCAACGCUACCGAAACAGUCCCGUAUUCUGGCUAUGAUCAAACUGUGGUCCCCAGCAUGGUCCCCACCUUUGCCACGAGUCAAUGCCCAGAGCCAGGCCGGUUCUCGUCAGCUUGCUCGUGCUGGGCGAGCGUAACCGCGAGCACUACCACGAUGUCGGCACCGACCGUCACAGUCACGGCCACCCGGGUCGACGAUGUGGGCUGUGGACCAGCCGCCACAGCUGUUGCUCCCGGAAACGGGUCAUACUUCCCAUGCUCGAGGCAAUGGGGGACUUGUAGCUGCCUCAAGUCUGGCAACCAGGCGGUUUGCGUACGGGUCGGGCCUUAUCUCGGCGACGGGAGAAACAUGACAGGCCCGUGCGGCGAUUUUGACGAGUGUGACUCGGACGGGAACUGUAGAAAUGGCUAUUUGUGUGUAUUUGAUGCGUCUUGUGAGUGUGGGAGGAGGCGCUGUUACCGGGCUGCUCCUAAGGGUUGUGACUAUCAGGGUCUUCCACCUGAUGAAGUCAAUCUGAAAACGCAACUCGGUCUUUGA